AUCCACAUCUACACACACCACCACCAGCACACACACGGAGAGAGUUUGCACACAGGCGGCAGAGUUGUGCAGACGGCAGAUAGUUUGCACACAUAUGCAGACGGAGAGUUACGCAGACGGAGAGUUACACACGCACAUAUAUACGACAACAUUUUUUUUAAUUUUCGCUCACGGGGAGGUAGCGGAAGAAUCUCCAUCAUCGUCUUCUCGUGGAAUCAUCGAGUGUCGUCUUGUGGAAUCAUUGGGGCGAGAGGACUUCGCGUCUCAUCCGCAACUCGGUGAUGCGUCCGUUCCAAAAAGUCGAAGAGCGCCGUGCAGGUCCUGCCGCAAGAGACGCCACCUAGCCCGCAGCAGCAGCAGUAGCAGGAGCCAGAUCAUCCCGUGCGCCGCCGCUCGCGAGGGAAGACGUCGGGAGGGAUUUCUCGUCGUCCUCAAGGCGAAAAUGAACUUUUGCCAACCGUCAGGCUUGCUCGUCACACACGCGCUGGUGAAUCUUGACCUUUCAUAGUUGGGGGAUCUCCGUCCUUUCAACCACCGCACAAGCACUGCCGCUGCUGCUGUCCGGUGGGGUGGGUGGGCAGAGUGAGGGGUGGGGGGGUACCUUCGCCUCUCCUCUGCUGCUCUCGCUGUCCAAAAGUCUGAAGGCACCAAACCCCGCUCCGCCAGCCAUGGCAGACAAGAGCAGCAGGCGGGCCGGAGACAAGGCCAGCAGCAGCACUGUUCAGUACCGCUCCGUCUACAACAAGUACAUAGGGGGCCGUGCUGGCGGGCAGCAGCAACAGCAAGCUCCCCGCGGAGGGAUGCGUGCCCCCGAGGCAGAAGAGGCCACCAGGACCAGGGUCGUGGCCCCCUCACGCCGAGAGAAGACAAAGGCGGUCGGGGACAUCGCCGCUUCGCCGCCGGUGAGGAAGAUGCACAAUGUGGCCCCAGCCAUCCUGCAGCUGUCGCGGCACUUCCAGGGCUCUCCGCAGGAGGACACGUCUGCAGUUGGAGGAGGAGGUGCGCUUGGGAAGGCCGGGUCUUCAAAACCUCUGGACAGGACGUCAAGGCGGGGAACCGUCUCGCCUCCUGCCUCGCACAUACCGGUGGUCAACUCUGGGACGAAACGUGUUGCUGCGAGAGAGAGGAAAUUAGUGGAGGCUGCGGAGCCAAAGUUGUCUUCGUCAACGUCAUCGCUGCCUCCGGCUUCUCCGGUAUCAGCAGUGAUGAGCUCGGAGCCCAGUUCAGACCAUGUCCAGAGCUUCUCAACAUCCUCGCCAGCACCUCCGCCGCUCUCACCCGAGGUGCACCUGGAGGAGGAGAGAGAUGUCCCGGGGGAUGUUUCAGCUUUGGACGCACAGAGCCACCAGCAUCUGGGUCAUGUCCAGGGGACCACAGGUGAGAGUGUCACGGGCAGCCAGGAUAUGAGCUGGCCUAGUGUGGCUGAGAUUAAGGCCAGAUUCCUCGGUGAAGGAAACCGGAGGAAACCCCACCGCUCCACGUCUGACAUGUAUGACCUGAAUGCAUUUGGAUCGUCCGAUGGCAAAAUUGAUCAAGCGCUGGCGUCCACAAACGCCAAGCCGGAUGGCACCAGGUGGUUGCCCUCGUUUUUGGAGAGGCAGAUAAAUUACGCGCGCCCGCAAGGUUCUGGUAAAAACUCGACUCUUACUCCAGUGCAACCCGAGGACUCCGACAGUGGAAGAAGCUUGAGAAAUCUGGGUCGAAGUGUUUCCCUGAGUCCCAUCCCUGAGCCAAAGGUCACCAGGAGUCGUCUCGAACGGAUUUGCUCCCUUCAGCUUGGGAGCGGCGGCAAGAGGGUUCACCGGGGCGUGGCGGUGGCAGGUGUGCAAGCAAGUCCGCAAACGAGCUACAGCCCAAACGGAAGGGCUUCGCAGGAUGGGGCAGAGAGCUUGAAGUCCUGGUGCAGCUCCUCCACCUUGCGCUCUGUAUCCUCCAUCACGGAAAGUUCUGGAGCCGAGGAAGACUUGGAUAGAGGUCGGAGAGAGUGGGCCACAGCGAAAAGGGAUGGCUCGGACUCGAAAGAGAAAUCUACUGACAGAGACCGGGAUAAUGCCCGAAUACCAAUGCUCUGCAGAAACAGCCAAAAACGUAGGCCUAUUCGUAAAAAGAAGAGUUCUUUUGGGGAAGGGGGGAAGAACGAUUCGGACUCUGAUAGCGACCUAUCUGCCAGUGCGACGCUGCGCAGAAGGAGGACGGCUAUGCCGGGCGGGUUCCACGGACAAAGCCCGGGAAACGGAAGUCCGAAAAGCACCUUCAAUAAUAAUAAUCAAAAAAUCCACCCCAUCAACCUGGCUUGUGUAUCGGGAUUCGCGACGUUGCCUAAGAGUAAGGAGCCGAGAGGGCUGCACGGACACAGGGAGGAGUGGGGCGGUGCCCGGAGAGAUUCGUCCUUUGAGCCCGACAACCCCGGUGUGUCUCCAGUCGUCUCCAAAGUGACCAAGGUGAACCUGCAGUCAUUCUUGAACGCGGCCAACAGCUCCAAGAGCAGCAGCCGCUACUCGAGCACGGAGACGCUGACCGAGGAGGACACCAAGAGGACCUACUGGGUUUUUGGGAGCGUGGGACGAAUGAUGAAGAACUCUGAAGUCGAAGGAAUGGGAAAGUUGACAAAGAGUAAUGUGAGACUCAGGCCGAAGCUGCCAUUUGGAAUUAUGGGAGAUAAACAAGGGCUUGAGGAGCCUGGGAUGUCGACUGGACAGAAGUCGCUGUACAGGAAAUCUCUCUCAAACCCUGAUUUCACAUCAGAAACCAUGGCCUUGCUUAGUUAUCUCAAGUCAGAUUUUUCCAACCUGAAGGUUAGGAACUCCGGCGAGAGGAGUGGGUCAUAUGGCAGCUUGCCCGCCGAACAAAGUGAGACUGAGGCAAUGGACGGGGAGAUGCUUUGCGUUGAGAAUUCCACCGCAGCGAGCUUUGGAGGGAGGCUGACCCUCAAGGAGCUCACCGAAACACUUCGCCAAACGAAGAUGGGUGCGUCCAACAGCAGCAUCAACAGCGAGAGGUCCCUAUCCAACGCCAACAUUUCUGACAACUUCACGGUGCCAGACUCCUUCGACGACUCGGAGGGCAAGGAGGUCGGGGAAAACAGCGGACGCAGCUUAUCGGCCAGAGUCAUGGAAGCAUUGGAGAACCGACCUCGGACAAAGCGCGAGGCUGCCUCAAAAGUGGCAACGUGUGCGUCGCACCAGGAGCCGCUGAUUGUCGGCGACGCGCCGCGGAACUACCCAGGAGUUGGGAGCGAAGUCGCAAGUUGGGUUUACGACAACGAUAACGAGGAUGCCAACGGCGAGGACGACGAAGAUGGAAUGAUGGAAGCGUUGAGAAUGAGCGCGGAAAGCGAGGACGGCUUCAGGAGUAUGGGGUCGCUGGAGGGCUUGCGCCGUGUGCGGCCCCAGCUGGAGGACCUGGAGGAAGAGGAGUCGAGCAUGACCGACGAGGGGAUUGUGACGGAGCCGGAGACGGGGGCGGUCGCAGGCCCCUACAACCGUGGCCUGGCCAAGUCGAGGCAGCUCAGUGGGGUCGGCGAGGUUGAUGGCCAAGAGAAGACGGAGAAUUGGCUCCGAAAGGAGGUGGCGCCGACCGUUGUGACGACGGUGAGGAGCGGCGUGGAUAGCAUCUCCAUGGAGGGCGACAUCAAGGGUGGAGGUCCAGCGUCGGCGGAGCCGCCGCUCACACCCAGCACGUCUCGGCGGCGUCGCAAGUUUUCCACCCUCGGCAACAACGGCUCCGACUCGAGCAACGGGAGCAACGGGGAAUCGAACGGCGAGAGCUACCGCUCGCUCAGCGACCCGAUGCCCCACAGAAAAUGUCCGGCCGCCGAAGAAACGGAGAUCUUUCCGGUGGACAGCAACUUCCUCGGCUCGCUGGGGCCGUCGCGAGCUGGGAUAAUCCCGGGAUCGUCGGCCACGAUGCUGGCGGAGUGCGGCGCGAGCGCGGCCAGCGACCUCUCUGUGUGCAGCGAGGAGGUGAGGGACUACAGCACGAUGAUCCACAACAUCGUGAACGAGCCCGGCGCCAUGGACAAGGUGGUCGACGAGAGGGGCAACGGCAAGGUGGUCAAGAAGAAGUCCCUGAGCGACCCGAGCCGCCGCGGAGACGGGGGGAUGGUGGCGGCUACGGGGUCGCGACUGUUGGCGGAGACGAUCAGCGAGACCGAGGCCAUCGCUGGGAUUCCGUCGGCGCGCAGCGAGCCCACGCUUGCCGAGAAGAGAGCGGACGAUCCCGGUGACCCGGACGACUUCGGCAAGCCGCGCUCGCAGUCCGAGAAGACCCUGCCGUUGCCUUCCAGCGACGAAGACUACGGGGUGGGUUCUCUCCACGCCCCGAUGCAGGGCCUAGGAUUUGACCCCAAGCUGCUGUCGCCACGAAUCGUGCGGCGGAACUCCAAGAAGCGAAGCAUCCGAGUGCUGCAGAACGAGGGCGGGCGGAAGGAGGACGGGGUGAUGGCGUCAGACGACCAGUCCCAACAAGACCUCAUUGCCACGGCGGAAGACGUGGAUCUAUCCGUGGAGGAUUUAAGAUGCGCGGCCACCGAACUGCAGCGCUCCCGUUCUGAAGCCUCGGCCUUCAUUCGCAGGCCUCCGGCGGACGAUUAUGCGAAAGAUGCGGCCUGCACGCCGACCGCCGGAUACCCGCCGGAUGGCGGCCUGGUGCAGCGUAAGCUGCAGAACCUCAGCGGUGGCGUCAACGCGAUGGCACCGACAGCGGUUGUGGCAGCCACAUCUGUGGUGGCUGUAGUACCGGCAGCCGGAUCCCCUGCUGGUGUCUCCCGGGUGCCCUCGGUCAAGUUGGCCACGUCGGAGGUGGUUCCCACGGCAACCGUCUCCACGGCGCAGACCCUGAGCAAGAGUCGGGCCCAGGAGACGCCUCCUGUGGAGCCAAUCGUCAAGGCCAAAGUGGAUAUGCGCAAGCACGUGAUGAUGAACCUCCUGGACACGGAGCGCUCUUACGUCGAGUCCCUGCGCACGCUGGUCCAGGGCUACCUGGGGCCGCUGAAGCAGGCGGAGAGCGCGGGGCUGUGCGACCCGGCGCUGGUGGACGACAUGUUCUUCCAGAUCCCCGAGAUCCUGGAGCACCACGAGCGUUUCCUGGAGCAGCUCACGGGCUGCGUGCAGUGCUGGCACGAGCGCCAGACCGUCGGCGACAUCAUCAUCGAGUCGUUCUCCAAGGACAUUCUGGCCAAUUCUUACUCGGCGUACAUCGAUAACUUCCUCAAUGCCAAGGAUGCCGUGCGGUUGGCCAAGGAAGCGAAGCCGGCAUUCAACCGCUUCCUGGAGCAAUGCAUGCGGGAGAACAAGGAGAAGCAAGCGCUGGCGGAUUUGAUGAUCAAACCAGUGCAGAGGAUCCCGCGAUAUGAGCUUCUCAUCAAGGACCUGCUAAAGCACACCCCCGAGGAGCACCCGGACCACAGCAGCCUGACGGUGGCGCAGCGCGACGUGCGCCUGCUCGCCGAGCGCAUCAACCAGGGCAAGCGCGACGCCGAGGAGGCCGAGCGAGCGGCACGCGUCCUGCAGGAGGUGGAGGCGCACAUCGAGGGUGCCACCGAGCUCGUGGCUCCGCUCAGGAAGUUCUUGAAGCAGGAGAUGGUCGUGGAAGUGAAGGGCGCUGGGGGGAAGAAAGAUCGAUCGCUGUUCCUCUUCACGGACCUGCUGCUCUGCACGACGCUCAAGAAAAAGUCGGGCUCCCUGCGACGCAGCUCCAUGAACCUCUACACGGCCGGCUGCGUGAUCGACACGUCCAGCAAGUACAAGCUGCUGUGGAAGGUCCCCCUGGAGGACGUGGACGUCAUGAAGGGCCUGCUGGCCCCUACCCCGAGCCGGGACAGUCUCCACAAGGUGCUGACGCGGCUGGAGGGAGACUUCAGCACCCUGAGCCAGAUCAGCACGCUGGCCGAGACGCUCAGCAUCACCCACCAGAACCUGGACGAGGUGAUCAAGGAGCUGAUGGCGUGCGUCAACCGCGAGCUGUCCGAGCGCCAGCUCCUGGCGGCCUCGGCCUUCGCGACGGUGCCGCCGUCCGGCUCGACGCAGUCGCUGACGUCGCCGCUGUCGGCCGGCGUCCCCGGGCUGGCGGGGGCCGUGGGCUCGGCGGCCCCGCUGGGCGGCGCCCUGGCGGGCUCGCUGGGGGGGGCGCUUGCCCCCGCGCGCCUUGAGCUGUCCGUCGCCCCGUCGGCGCCCGACGCCUCCCCGGAGUCGUUCGUCUUCGAGUUCACGGGCGGGGAGCCCAGGGCGGCUUUCGAGCAGAUGCUGGAGGAGACGAAGCGCAAGCUGGCGCAGACAAAGGACCGCUGGGACCCCGAGUUCCUCAAGGCCAUUCCCAUCAUGAAGACGCGCAGCGGCAUGCAGUUCUCGUGCGCUUCGCCGAGCCUCGGCGCGUGGGACCACUCCUCCGAGGUGUGGGUGUGCAACAGCGACGGCUACGUGGGCCAGGUGUGCCUGCUGAGCGUGCGGCCCGACCCCAUGGUGGAGGCCUGCAUCGCCGUCUGCUCCGCGCGCAUCCUCUGCAUCGCGCCCGUGCCUGGGCUGGGGCGCGGCACCAGGGAUCGCCCUGCGUCUCACCGGCCACUGCCGGAGAUCCCAAGCUCCGACGACAUCGGCUCGCCACCCGCUCUCGACCCGGCUGCCGUCGCCACCUCUUCGUCGUCGUCCUCCUCCUCCUCCUCGUCUCCCUCGCAGUCCCAGGCGGGCGAGCAGAGGCCCCCUCGUGUGGGCGCCGCGGGGAACCCGUUUGCGAGCGACGCGGAGGAGUCGGAGGGGGAGGCCUCGUCCCCGACCUCAAGGCCGCGAGGUCGCGGGUCCAAGCAGCCUGGCGGAGCGCGGGACGGGCGCCCGGAUUUCACGCUGAGCCUGGACGACCGUAUGGCCUCCAAGGACCCGGGGGCGGAGACAACGAGCUCGGACGACGAGCACGAGGACCCCGCACGGCCGUCCAUAUCGAGCGCCUGCAGCGCCUUCCAACCCGUCGCCUCCGCUGGUUCCAUCGCCGUGGUGGUGGCGGCCGCGGCGGCCGCGGCGGACGGACGGGCGAUGAGACGGACGAGCCGGGGCUCCUUCCAGGCCAGCCUGGAGGAGCUGCUCAGCAUGGACCCCGAGGCCCACACCAGCUCCAUGUGGCUCGGCACCGAGGAUGGGUGUAUCCACGUUUACCAAUCGUCGGACAACAUCCGUAACCGCAAGAACAGCCUCAAGAUGCAGCACCCAGCCGCCGUCAUGUGCAUCCUGUACCUGGACAACAAGGUGUUUGUGUCGCUGCUGAACGGAGACCUCAUCGUGUACCAGAGGGAGGCAGGCUGCUUCUGGGACUCGCAGCACUCGCACACCCUCACCGUGGGCUCCCCGGGCAACCCGGUCACCAAGAUGGCGCACGUGGCCGGCCGCCUGUGGUGCAGCUGCCAGAACAUCAUCGUCGUCAUCAACACCGCCAACCUCGUCCCGGAGCACACGUUCACGGUGGGGAGUGACGCGUCGCGCGCCGUCUCGUGCCUCGUGGCGUCGGGGCUCGGCGUGUGGGUCUCCGUGCAGAGCAGCGCCUCCGUGCGCCUCUACCACGCGCAGACGCGCGACUGCCUGGCCGAGAUCGACGUGGCGCCCGCCGUGCACAAGAUGCUCGCAGGCGCGGACGCGAUCAUCCGGCAGCACAAGGCGGCGUGCCUGCGCGUCACGGCGCUGCUGGCCUGCAAGGACAUGCUGUGGGUGGGCACGAGCGCCGGCGUGCUGCUCACCCUGCCGCUGCCGCACAUCCCGCCCAAGCUGCCCUCCACGGCGCGGCACAACGCCGCGGCCGCUCCGUUGCCGGCUCCCGUCACGGUGGCGGCGGCGGCGACGUCGCCGUUAGGGACCCAGGGGCCGCCCCUCCUGGCCCAGCUGUUGCCCAUGGGCUCGACACACGGCCACACGGGCCACGUUCGCUUCCUCACCUCCAUCGAGCUGCCACUGGACGCGGCUGCUGAGACUGGGCCGGUCGGGUCGGCCGACAAAGGCCGCCUGGGCACCAUCUACGACGGAGGCUGCGUGAACCCUCACCACCAACAACAGCAGCAGCAGCAGCACACGUGGGCUCGCCAGGGCUCCGCGCGGCGCCGGGCCCAGGCCGCCGCCCCCCCUCGCACGCGCACGCUCGUCAUCAGCGGCGGAGACGGCUACGAGGACUUCCGGCUCAGCGGAAGCAACGAAUCCGCCGGGCGGGAUGACAGCACCAACCACUUGCUGUUGUGGCGCGUCUGAUCGGGCGGUUCUCACAAGCAGCGCCAGCUGUUGCUGUGGUCCGGCGCGAGCAGCCCUCCGCUGUGAGAACGUCGCAGCGGUCGUCGUCGUCGUCGUGUUAUUUAUUUUUUAUUUGUUUGGUUUGUUGAUGCCGUUAUGAGUGGCGGAGAGCACUGUGGGGGUGGGGAGGCACAAGUUAUUGGGGUUAGAGGACCGGACACAGGCUUUGAGCGGUGCUCGGAACAAAGCGAGAUGUUCCGAUGCACCUUUGCACCCAAUGUGCGUUCCUUACCGAUGUACGUCACAACACAACAUGAAUUGGAUAGAUGAAACCUUCGGAUUGAUUCGCAUCUGAAGAUUAUGUUCAAGUAAGGGGGACUGCACACAUGAAGGGAGAUUUGGAGAAAAAUGAAGAAUGUUUUUUUUUUGCAAGUAGUGAGGAGGUAGGAGUAAGCUGCAGGGCAGAAAAGAGGAACCACAAGAUGGUGAGAUUGAAUAAGUGAAGAAUGAUUUUGGCCAGGGAUGGGGGGGGUGCACGCUGGUUAAUCCGGCAAAUGUGAAGGCAGGGUUGGUGGCUCGUGCUGAGACCAUGUGUGUGGGACAGCCACCGUCAAAGGCAGUGAGUGGGCCGUGUGAGGCAGUACAGCAAGUACGUUGCGAAGAGGUGACAAAAGGGGGUCCCAAAAUGUAAUUCUUUUUUGUACCACCAACACACCGCAUUCCUAGACCCUUGCACACGUUUUCAGUGCAAUCACCAUAUAAUUUGGAUCAAAUAUAUGUUUGUGUGUGUCUCUCUAGCCUGGAAAGCUGAAGUCAGAAUCUUGACUUUGGAUAGCCACGUACACGCAUGCGGCUAAAAAGCAUGGGUAGUAAGUCGAUGUGAAGACGUGCCAACGUUUGUCCCGGUUUACGGCGUCGAGCAUGCCUGGGCAAAAACCUUUUCCUUAAAUGUGAUGCCAAACCCAGGUUGCGUUUGUGGUAUCGCCAUCUCAAAUCGGACAUCGCCCUGCAGCCGGGUUCGCAAGCUUGCAUGAUGAUAUCACCCGGACAGAUUUGGCGCUACCACAGGCGGCACUUUGUCAUGCGGCGUUCCUGAUGGUGGCGAGAGAACGAACGUUGCAUUUUUGAGCAUCCAUGUCAUGGGAAGCGGCCCUUAAGUGGUACAAAAUGCUUGCCAAGCAAGACCGACACCUGCCCAAGGGUAUACAACGUUUAACAGCCCAAAUUGUGUGCAUCUUCCAGAAAGUAGACCAGCAGUGGAAUUCAGUUGUGGCGAUGGAAAGUCACGCACAUUGCUACGCUGCGCACAUUUCAGGAUGACAGGUGGAAAUAUGUAUGCAUCCGGCAUGCUCGUUUCAUGACAAAACGUGAACAUUACUAGUAACGUGUUAAUAGAAGUGUUGACGGAUGUGCACCCGUCUCUGCAACACUGCUCCGCAGGUGUGACCGAUUUCUCAAAAUCCCUGGUUGGUUCGUUGGAAUAUAUAUUCAACAAGUCCUGCCUUUGAUGCAAACUCAUUUUCGUAAAGUCCAAAUUGCAUCGCCACAAAAUUGUAUUUAUUAAUAUGAAGGUUUGCGUCCUACUGUAAGCUUAGUCCGCGUGUUCCAUUUGGCCCCAAUUUUUGAAGCUCCACUGUUAACGAAGCCUAUCGAACAAUGCCGGCUCGGGGGGGGGGGAAUGCAGGCUACAAUGAGCGUCCACGUAAAAAACAAUCUCAAAAACCUGUGCCAAUGUUCAGUCAACUUGUCACAAAAUUAUGCUACGAAACACCUUGGUAAUAAUCACGUGCAAAAUUGAGGCAGAACAGAGUUUAUAGUGCUGUACGUUUUGCCUUUUUUUAUUACUUCUAACCGGGGACACUAACUGAGGUUGUGUAUUCCGCGGCUGCCAAUGGAGUGCACUUAAUUGAUCUGUAAGUCUAUUUCCUGUGGCCCUGGCAGAUGUCAUCCCGUUUCCUGUGCAAUAUGCUGAUGAGACACAUUUACAGUAGGAAAACGAUUUACUUUGACUUGUAUGCAUCACCUUUGAUUUUUUUUUGGUUUGUUUAAUUGGUGUUAAGCAAAUUACACGUUUUAUAGACUUGUGGAAAACAAAAAAAACUUGGGCUUGCAAUUUGAUCGAUGGAAUGUGGCGGUUGCCAUAUUUACGAACAAACGAGUUGCAUGACCUAAUCGUGUGAUAGAAAGUUUACCCUUCGAAUUAUAUUUUCUGCCAUUUUCGAAAACAGAAUAUAACCAAAACCUUGAGGUGAUAUUUUUGAGAACAUUCACGAUUCAGAAACGGUGUUGUCUCGGACCAGAACAUUACUGUUUUUAGACAAAUCUUCCGUAUUUUUUUUAUUCAUACUGUAUCGCAGGAAACUAUAUAAAUAUUGUUUUAAGCGAGAACUAUUUUGAGCAUUGAUAAAAAAAGAAAAAUCACAUUUCCUUAACCUGUGGAUCAUUAUCAUUGAAAACCACACGGAAAAUGUGUCGGUUUCAAAUUCACACUUAACACCUUAUUCACGGUACAUGUAUUUUUUUUUGUCUCGACAUCAACAGCACUUAAUCACAAGCCGUGGAGCCGCUGCGAGAUUGCAAUUACGUGCGCAUGGGUUUAAGGAGCCCUGAUUUUUGUAGGCACUUCGUGCACACGGUGGGAUAUUUUUAGUGUGCGGCGGUGUCAGCGCUGUUGUCACGUUGGAUUGACUGUGCGUCACCUGUAAGACGAUGAUCCCUUCCUGUGCAUAGCCUGCCCCCUACUACACAACAGCGUAGCAGUCAACGUCACCGAGCCUUUAAAACCAAAGGCUCAUCGCGGCUUAUUCAAACGGAGUUGAAAAUAUAAAUGUAGUACGAUGGCGUUUUUUUCCAUUUUGUUUUAUACUCAUCACUUUCGUUUUGACACUUCUAAUUUAUACGCACAGUCAAGUUUUUUUGUUGUUCAUUUUUUUUUUAUAUCUAUAUUAUAGCCGUUCUGCCCAUAUAGCAUGCGUUGCGUGAUCGGUCCAGUAUUUUAUUUUUUAAGGCUGCAGCACGGACACAGUCUCUUUAAGUCGCAUCUAUCCUCGCAACUCAACCACCCACUUCAUUUUGAGUGGAUUUAUAUUUUACAAUCGUAGUUUGGUAGAUCUCAUGCUCAACCCCACAUUUUUCACCGCAUUUAAGACAAAAAGAGCGUAUUUAUAUUGCAGAGAUUUGUGAAAGACUCCUCUCGCAACACAGCUCACACACAACAGUGGCAGAGGGGAGAACGUUUGGCACUGCACUGAAAAACCUGGCGUUGGGAAAUUAUUUGCACGCAACAAUCGCUCGAUCUUUAUUUAUAGGAUGAUUGCAUUGGUUUUUUUAUUCACUAUCAGUCGACAAAUAGUAUAAUUUGACCUCUUCUUUCACUCGACCACUGAUCCGAGGCCUUGCUAAAGCCAGCCCAGCGUGGUUCAGCUAGCGCUAGAUUGUUUUUCGACUGCAGAACCCGAGCCGUGCCACUAAUGUCAUACAAUCCAGUGUACCGACUGAUGCACCAUGUGAUGAAAAUGAUUAACCACGCCACUCUGGCCCUGCUUGGCCCCUGAGCCAAAUUCGGAGUGCUUGUGAGGCCAGCGUAUCACAGUUCGGUUCUGGCUCGGCACGGCAAAUAGCCAGUGGAACACACCAGCUGUGCCGUGAGGGCCCCGUGUUAGCACGGCUUGGAUAUGCCCCACUGGAAUGUGGGUAUUAAUUUUAAUCACCAAGCUGCACUGGUCAGUGUGGUGAAGAAUGGUCAAAUAACCUCUAUGGCUGACUCAGCAUGGAAGGCCUUCAUCUAUCAGUGAAUUGACAAAAGGUCUAUAAUAAAUAAAACUGCAAUCUUGGCAUUGGCUGUGAUGGGCUCAUGAAUCAAACACUAUUUGACAACUUGUUCAAUCAAGACAUGUCAUCGUAUAACUAACGAUUUAACAGUUUACCCAAGGAUAUCCAUAACACUGACCGGCAUAUUUGCAGUCAUUUAAUACAGCUAUUUGUCGACUGAGCAUCGGUUGUUGAAUUUUUCAGGACGAUCAUUUCUUUCAUUACAGUGCCUUACGACAAUAAUUUUAGCUUCACAGUAUAGGUUACUCAGUAAUUAAGUUUUGUAAAUACUUUUUGUUAGAUCAGUGCACAUAUUAUGUCAUGAUGCUACUCGUACAUUCAGUAUAAGUAACAGCGGUCCGACAUUGUAUAUAUUGGUAUAUAUUGAUAUUGCUGUUUGUACAUAAGAUGCUUAUAAGAGCCCUGCAGAAGUGUGGAUAUGAAUGUAAUUGAACACAACAUUGUUAUUUUUGAGUACAUGUACGUUUCAUACACGGUGGCACAGAUUAAUAUUCACACUUUAAAAAUGGCCCUUAUCAGGACAGUGGAAGCAGUGGCGAGGUCAAGAGGUCAUCAUUAACUGUGACGACCUCUUGACCAUGAAACGAUUGUGUGUAUUUGAGAAGAAAAAAAACAAUCCAUUCCAAAAAAUACCCAGGAGAGAAUCUAUUCCAGGAGUUUUUUUGAAUGCACAUCACGAAUGGGAUAUUUGACAAUUCUCUAUAUGAGUAAUUUUGCACGUGAGAGGAGACUUGCGCUGCGGUGGCGGGAUGUUAAUUAUCUCACCUGGUAUACAGGAGGUCGUGGGUUUGAUCCCAACCCUGACACCUGUGUAUUUGGAGUUUGCAUGUUCUCCCCGUGGUCGCGUGGAUUUUUCUCCGGGUCCUCCGGUUUUUCCCUGCACAUUUAGAAACAUGUGUUUCGAGUAUUUGGCUGCUAUAACACUUCCACGUGAUAACCCUCUUCGUUGAGCUUUCAUUUGUGGCCAGGUUUCUUCUGAAAAAGAGCUACGUAGCUCAGUGAGCUUUACCUAGUAAAACAAAAUAUCGGUUCGUUUAGAUUUAGUUGAUAAUUUUAUCCCAGAGACAAACCACACUCCAUACAAUUAGCACAUCAGUAUACUACUUGUUGUAUUUCCUCCUACGUGUUACCGCCCCGCUACCCAGCAGGUGUGUGCCUGAUUGUGGUUCUUAUCUGAGCCAUAUAUUGCAGACUUAUGCUUUCACAUCAGUGCUCCUUACAAAAAAAAAACUAAAUUUGCUAAAUCACUUAACAGUUGCGAAUAAAUAAGAAAGUUAACGUAAUGGUUUUGUCUCGUUCACCUGUUGAUCAUGUAAUCAUAUGUUUGAGCCUUUGCCGAAAAAUGUUUUGAGACAAAAUGUAUAUUUAAUUUAAAUCCUUCACUAAACAUCAGGUGCAAUGGUGACACGGUGGUUGGCACCCAACCUCGGGCUAACAUCAGUGGCGAGUGAUAGCUGAACCAGUACGGUGAAGUAAGUUCAAGAAAAUCCCUCGGACCAAAUAGCUUGCGGAGGAUUUUACCAUCAUGAGUCUGGCAAGGCUGUAAUUUAUUAUUGAACAUCAGCCAGCCUGCAGAAUACUUAAUCUCACGCAGUCUGCAUUGCGACAACCACCCCCCUGGCUUUUGAUGCCUCAAAAUGUUUAAAUUUCCACCGCCCUUUGCAGUACUGUUGAGCGUUUUGAGUGGACAUUAGUUUGGGCCACCUUGUGUAUAAAUGUGUGCAGCAUACUCACCCUGGCGUAUAAUCUGUGCGUUUGCGUUCUGAGCGUCGCUGCCACGGUCACGCGAGCUUGUGCUGUUACGGGUGCGCGACCCAAAGGUAGUGGCUCUAAAGCUAUCCCACAGUGCACGCGUUUCGAUGUGCCGUGUCCACCCCCAUGUUAAAUGGCACGGCGUUCCGUCAUUAAAAUUCACACAAUUGUACCACUUGACGGGGUGUGUGUGUGUGUAAUUGCGUUUCUUUUUACGUGUUCGUAUUUUGUGAUUGCACCCAGCAACUAAAUAGCGUCGCUGAUGAUAUUUUAGACGCUGUGUGAUAAUCUUUGUCCGAGUGUGUUUUUCCAUUACAAUGUUGCUUUGUACUUUUAGCUGACAGACUAAUACAAUAUAAUGUAACACAAAUAUGGGGUCAGGGUCAGUGUGAAAGCUGGCUUUGUAAAGACACGCACAGUUAGAUGCAUUGGUCAUGAUUCAGGGUCAUGGUUUGAUUCAAGAAUCAAUUAUUGUUUUCUCAUAUUUAAUGUAUUGUUUUCUUAUUCUGUGUCCGUCUUGGACAAUCGCAUUCUUUAUAUUAACAAAAGUCCAAAAUAACAGGUAGAUUCUCCUUGCAUACAUUUUGGUGAUGGUAAUACAUUUAAACAAAGGGAUUGUUACUUGCCUAGUACAUGCAAAGAUCUGAAUGAAAGCUGAUACAAAAUUAGUCCAUCUGCUGAAAGUGUCAUCAUGCAUCGCCUGAGAGUAUACUUAGCUGACUCUUUAUGAUGUGUUGUCUGUGCAGUCUUAGUGUAGCUAUUCCAAUUGUAUACAUGGUCUUAUUGUGGUAUUUGUUUAAAUCCGGCCACAUUUGUGAGACUGGCUCACGGCAUCAGGUUUGCUGAAUCAAAUGCCUUUUCAUCAACUACAAAAGCCAUACAUAAUGGUGUUUACUAUUCAUUUAUCUUCUUUAGACUCUGCCUGAAGGCUGUUCAAAGCGACACGAUAUAUUUUAUGAAAUUGGAAUGAAGAAAUAAAGCCUUGAAUAGUAAGAGCAUUAACCAUCUCGAAUUUGCUGACAACAUAGCCCUU